AUGGUUCUCGAUGAGGAUAAUGAGAAACAGAUGAUCUUAUUAAGAAAAAAACGUGGAGUGGUGAAGGCCUCAUUAACACGACUUCGUAAUUUUGUAAAGGAAUUUGAUCACAAUGAACAGUCAAUCUCUCUCCUCGAGUUUCGUCAAGAAGAAUUACCUAAUAUAAAUAAAAAAUUUGACGCAGUUCAAUGUGAGAUUGAGUUAAUUACGGAAGAACCAGAGAAGGAAGAAGAAGAACGAGCAUUAUUUGAAAGGAACUACUUCGAAACAAGAUCUCAAAUGCAAGAAAUCAUCAACACCCGGAGCUCUUCAAGUACGGUAGGGCCAAAUACAUCGUUUGGAUCGUCAAGUAAUACAAACCGGGUUAGAUUGGCACCUAUACCUUUGCCCACAUUUAACGGUGACAUUGAAAACUGGGAGGCCUUUUAUGAUGUUUUUCGCGCGUUGGUUCACAAUGAUGAAGGGCUUACGUCAGUACAAAAAUUAUAUUAUUUAAGAUCCUGUUUGAGUGGUCCAGCUUUAGAUAUCGUUAGUUCAAUCCCGAUGGUCGACGGAAAUUAUGAGGUGUUUACCGAACGGCUGAAGCAGAGAUAUGACAACAGAAGCCUCGUGAUACAGACGCACAUAAGAGCGCUUCUUGAUGCACCUCGUGUAGAUACCGCUACCAUAGAAGCGUUACAAUUACUACAUUCACACAUUGGAAGUCAUGUAGCUGCGCUUAAGGCCUUAGGCCAACCAAUAGAGCAGUGGGACGCAUGGCUAGUUACCAUUAUUCUAAGGUGUCUUGACAAGAAUACGGCACAUGAGUGGCAGCUUCGACAAGAGGACUCGCAAUUACCCAAGUACAUAGACAUAGAAAGGUUUUUAGCCAGAAGAUGUAUUGCAUUUGAAAAUUCAAACUCGGAAAUACAGUCACGAUCUCAUAGUCAACCAAUGGCAACAGGCCAACACCAAUCAACUAGUAAACAAAGAAAGUCGGAGAAAACUACCAAAAUGGCAUUUUUAGUCACUGGAAGGGGUCAGACCACAAAAUGUCCAUGCUGUACCGGGUUGCAUAGGAUAUAUGCGUGUGACAAGUUUAAGGACUUGAGUAUAAAUGAUCGUCUAAAUAUUAUACGAGACACUCAUUUAUGUUUUAAUUGUUUGUCCGCGUAUCAUACAACGAAAACAUGCAAGUCAAACGGUUCAUGUGGAGAGUGUGGGUUGAAGCAUAAUACUCUACUACAUUUCUCAAAAAGUGUAUCCGAUGACCAGAAGGUUAGCAAUACAAGUGAAGGAGAAUCAUCUGCAACUGGUGCGUUAUCAGCUACCUUAUGGUCAUCAGGGAACCGUUAUGCAUUUUUAGCUACAGCACAAGUGAUCGUCAAAAAUACAAAUGGAAUGCAGUUCAUAUGUCGUGCCGUGUUAGACAGCGGCGCUCAAGUGAAUUUUAUAUCUAAAAGGUUACAAAACGUACUUAAACUAUCAGGAGAAAGGGUUGCAUUGCCAGUGAGUGGAAUCGGUUCAAGCAGAACACAAUCGACUACAAGGGUAGACAUCAAGGUUUGUUUCCGAGUAUCACCAUUCCAAGCUAACAUAUCAUGUUACGUGUUACCAUCAAUUGUCAACACAUUAUCAUCAAGUACAAGACCCUCAGACGGCUGGGGAAUCAAAAAAAAUAUACUCUCACAGUUAGCUGACCCUCAGUUCGACCAAGCAGGUACCAUCGAUAUGUUAAUGGGUGCAGGAAUAUUUUUUGAGUUGUUAGAGUCAGAAAGGAUUCCGCUUCAAACUGGUAAUCUCACAUUACAAUCCACAAAAUUAGGCUGGGUUAUGACCGGAGAGUUUAACGUUAAUUGCUUAGUGAGUAUUGGAGCGUCAUUAGAAGACGAAUGGCGAACAAUGAAAACAGAUCAAGGAUUGUUCGGUAGGUUAUCCAAGGCCAAUAAGCGUCAUGUAGAAGAACAGGAAACGGUACGACAUUUCGAAAAAACUGCCACCAGGAGAGCUGAUGGUCGGUUUGUGCUCCGUCUACCUGUAAAACCAGAAGUUAGCCAACUAGGCGAUAGCAUAUCUAUGGCCAUGUCACGCUUCAUUAGCGUUGAAAGAAGAUUAUCACGAGAUGAACAACUACGUACCGAGUAUGUAAAAUUCAUGACACAAUAUUUAGAAAUGGGUCACAUGGAGGAAGUAAUUGAAAACGAAAUUCCAACAUCAAGGCAAUUUUACUUACCACACCACGCAGUGGUCAAAACGGCCAGUCUAACUACAAAGGUACGAGUAGUUUUCGACGCAUCAGCUAAGAGCUCAUCAGGACUAUCUUUAAACGAUGUCCUAAUGUGUGGCCCGAGUAUCCAAGAAGAAUUGUUUUCGAUCUUAUGUCGGUUUAGAAGUCAUCAGUUCGUUAUCACUGCGGACGUAGAAAAAAUGUUUCGACAGGUAGAGGUUGCAGAAGAAGACCGAAACUUGCAGCGUAUCGUCUGGAGGUCAAACCCUAGUGAAGCGUUACGGACUUAUAGACUGGGAAGAGUUGCAUACGGUACAACUUCUGCUUCAUUCAUGACCACAAAAAUGUCUGUCAGUCCUAUCAGAAGAAUUCAACAGUCAGUUUCCCAAUGCAGCUAA